GAAAAAAAAGUUGUAAGCGUUGUUGCUCAGUUGCGCGGAGUGUUUGUAAUGAACUGUCAUUUGUACACGAAGCCAUAAGUAAAUAGUCAAAGGGAUGUGAUAUUCUUACACAAGUUGGGCACAUUUGCAAGGAAUGAAGAAUAAAAAAAUAAAAUCUACAAAGGCUGGAGUCAACAGAAAGAGAGUACCCAGUGAUGUGUCAACCUCAACAAGCCUCCCACCGCUUGUGGAGGGCCAUUUGCGGUGUUUUCUCCGAGUGACCGUGAGCAGGGUCCUGUGGACCAUUACUAAACCCCCGCAGAACCCUCAGAUCAGGAUAAGAUGGUGGGGAGAGUCUUGCUCUGGAACCCUGUUCCGUCCGAGGGAUGGGUCAUUAGUGGCACAGAAGGGUAUUCAGUCCACUGCCCGCUUUCCUGUCCGCUGUGGGCCAAAGCAGUUCACAUCCUAUUUGACAGAUAUGGGCACUCUAGUUCUGGACGUUGUGACCAAACCUGACCAUCUGCCUGUGGCACGAGCUCAGAUCACUGGACUAUCACGUCUCUCUCUGUCCAACUCCAUCAGUGGCUUCUUCACGGUGGUGUCUCCUACGUCGGAAAAAAUGGGAGAGUUACAGGUCAUGCUUGCGUUGGAGCCUCUUACUGAAUCCUAUGACAGCAGCAGCUCAGUCCCCACCCCUGACAUGAGUAUUGAUGCCGCUCCUAAAACCUUGUCUGACCAUAAUGUGCUGGUUGUGCCAUCCAGACCUCGAUCUCUCUCCGGCAAGGAGUCAUUGGCUAGCAGUACUGCUCAUACACCACGAGGAGUGGAUCACCUGUACUUCCAGGAGAAGCAGAGUGGCCUGUCGAGUCACGUUCAUUUCAGACUGGAGGGAGAGAAACCUACAGGAGCCCCAGAUGGUCCCCUUUGCUCUGCUCAGUGCCCACAAUCAAAUGACCUCCUAUCAGCUUUGCUUGAGCGUGGCAGCAAACUGCGAGAAGCCAUGGUCAUGUCGACACUGAGGACUGAGCUGGACUGUGACCUAGCUCUGAAGGACACACCACUACCCCUGCCGAAAGACAACAUCAGAUCUACCUCUUUACCGCCACUUCUCCCUUCAUCUGGGAGGUUAUUUCAUGAGCUCCUGAACCUUGACCUCAGCCCGCCACAGCGCCCACUCAGUCCCACCGCACCUGACGUACCAGAAUGCACAGCAGACAAUGAGCACAGAGCUGUGGAGCUGCUGCUGGGCAGUAUAAAUGGCUCGCUGCUGGAGGCUUGGGAUGGAGAGGGCUCCCCUCCUGCCUCUCUGUCCGCUUACAGCAGUUUGUGUUUGGACAGCGAGCUCAACGACCCGCAGUAUGAUGAGAGCCUGCUGGAGAACCUGUUCUACAAAGCUCCGAUAUGUGACUCGAGUGACCAUGAUGGAGAACUGGAGGACGGUGGGAAGUCCCCUCGUAACCUGGGAGACAAGAGAGAACGCACCAAACACAACAGAACCCCAGAGGACCAGCGAUUUCCAGAGGGCAGGGAUCUGCUGGCGGGGCUGAGCCUGGAUCGGAUCACCACUCUGGGGGGAGUCCGUCUAGCGAGGGUCACCGUUCACUCCCUGGCUGUCCCGGCAGACAGCCCUCCCACCACCCCUCAGAAGAUAACGGGCAGAGGGAGGCCACCCAGACCACUCUCCACCAAGAGAUGCUCCUACUCUGUGGAGUAUGUGUUCCCCGUGUCGCCCAGCAGUCAGACUGCCUUGUCAGAGCUCUCUCGAGUGGUCUCCAGCAAAGUCACUGGAGGAGUGGUGAAGUUUCUGCAGCGCAUUGUAUUUCCUGUCCACUUCAAUGGAGCUGCUUUAGAGAAGUGGUGGCAGACAGACCUCACUUUCAACAUAUACUCCAGGAAGAGUACUCAGAAGAAGCCUGUUCUCAUUGGCACAGCUGCCUUCCCACUGCGCUCUGUGCUGGAGAGCCAGGACCUCGGCCAUACUGUUUCACUGCCUGUUCACAGCACUCAGGGAUCUGCUGCCACAGUUGGCCCCAUGAAGGUGUCAGUCCUGCUGGCUGAGGACAGUCAGGAUUUCACAACCAAGAAGAAGCCCUCAGCAGAUUCCAAACGCACUCUCAGCUCAGACGUCGUCUCGCGUAAACCCCUCAGUCCCCAUCGGGCUGACCCCUCCUCCAGACCCCAGUCCACCGCCCCAGGCUCUGAGCGGGACCCCCCAGCGGUGCAGGGCAGGCUGUCGCAGAGGGAUACCAGCCCAGCGCCGACUGUCUCCUUCAGCCAGAGCGUUCGGCCAACCAAUCUCACGAGCAGCCCACCUCGCCCGGGCGUAAGGAGUUCCCCACGAGGGCCUGCGGAGGGGGUGGAGCUGGCAGAGGAGGACGAGGAGGUGCUGCUUCACGCCUUACUCAUGGUGCCUGAUGGGAAGGACCUGAGCUGCGGGCCGUCUGUGCAUCCGCCCAAUGUUUACCUCAACUGCAAGCUGUUCGGCUCGGACGAGACUGCGAGAUCGGUGGUCAGCUGGGGCCAAACCAACCCCGCCUUCAGCUUCGUACAGGUGGCUCCCGUGGCUUUAACCCCGCGCCUGCUGGAGCGGAUGAAGAAUAACAUGAUGGUGAUUGAGGUGUGGCAAAAGGUUGGCAGCCAGAGUCAGGACCAGCUGCUGGGGCUGGUCAAACUCCCACUGCACCAGUUCUACAUGUCCUUCAGGGAUAACAAAAUCACGCACCUUCUCCUUCAAGCCCAGUAUCCUGUGAUGGCGGUGGACAGCCACAUGCCCAUCGUAGACGUGUUUUCAGGCAGUGUGCGGGGCAGCCUCAGGGUCCUUCUGGCCAUGGGCUUGGCACAGCAGAUUGUGUCAGUGCAGAGGACGAGGGAGGAAGAAAUGUCCCCGGUUGCCCAGGUCCCACGACCCAGCCAUUUAUUGGACCACUUGCCUCAAAGAGACACAAAGCUGAGUGUGGGUGUGGCUGAGGCGCUGACGGAGCACGUGUUCGUGGUGCGGGUGGAGAAGGUGAGAGGCCUGGCCCCCCUGCAGUCCACCGUGUGGGGAGAGGCAGACUGCUACGUCCAGUACUCCUUCCCCACCCAGGAGGAUGAGUCCAAGCAACAAGCUGAUCCCGACAUCAUAGAGAGCAGUGUGACCCUAAAGCCGUUCCGCUCGGCCACCACGCUAUGUGUGCCUGACCCCAUAUUUGGCCACAGUGAGACCCACGUGUUGCUGGCGCCACCCGGGGUGCCCGUCCAGAAACUCCUCCUCAGCUCCCUCUCCAGCCAGGGCCUCCGCAGUGGAGGGGGAAUCCAGUUCGACGUGUGGUGCAGGUACUACUACCCAAACGUGCGUGACCAGCACGUGGCCAAGGGGCUGCUGCUGCUGUCUAAGCUGUGUGGGAUGGUCACCAUGCAGAGGCAACAGCAGCAGCAGACAGACGGACAGCUCUUCUCUCUGCCACUCAUACCCAGGACAGAGGGCAACACCACUCAUCAGCCUCCACCCUCAGGGUUCCUGGACGUGAGCAUUCAGUACAAGCAUCGACCAUUCAGAAGUGCCGGGUCGAGAGGCGGGACGGGGGCCGGGCGAUCCGUCACUAUGCUGGUGCAGAUACACAGAGCUGCAGGAUUGAAAGCUGCGGCACGUGCUGUGGCCUCUGUUGACCCUUCGCUGCGUUACUUUGCCGACGCCGGUGUGAACGCGUACGCGAGCCUCCAGCUGUCCUUCCUGUCUGAGAGCGAGCGUGUGUGCACCCGUGUGGUGGCGGCCACCUUCUGCCCUGAGUUCAGCCACCAGGUGGAGGUGCCCUGCAGCCUGCUGGUCCAGAGGGAGGGGGCCGUCACGCACAGCCUGGCCGAGCUGCUGCAGGAUGCCGAGGCCGUCCUCAUCGUUCACAACCGGGACCACCGCAAGGGAGCUUGUGCCUCGAGGUCUAAAGAGGCAGUGUUGGGAACUAUAAGGAUCCCCCUGGCAGAUCUCAUUCACAAACGGACAGGGAUAUCUGGCUGGUUUGGUCUCUCGCUGCCCCAGGGCAUAAGCCCUACUCAGGCUCCCCAGUGCUCUGUGGGAGGCCUGGAGCUCUCCCUCAGCUUCGCACACCACUCUGACCGCGAGCGCGUGGUCAAGGCCGCCCGUGGCAUCGGCUGGGAUCUGGACGACGGAGAUGAAGACGAUGGUGAAGAUGCUGAUGAUGACCACGCCAGAGCGAGGAGUGUGUCCGUGUCCGUGUCCGUGCCCCGCGCUUGGCUCCCCCUGCGUUGCCUCGUCCUCCCUGGCGACUCCUCGCUCCUGCGCUCUACCUACUGCUACUUCAGGUACAAGCUCUAUGACCGUGACUCCUGCUACUCCGACCUCCGCCACCCGACCCUGGACAAGAGACCAGGAGCCGGGGAGGAAGAUGAGGAGGACUAUGACGAGGGGCAAGAUGAAGGGGUAGCCAUGACGACGGUGGCGUUCGAGGGCUGCUUCACGGUGGGGUUGAGGAAGAGUCAGCCACUGCGGUGGUACCUGCGGGAGGAGAGGCUGGAGGUUCAGAUGUGGGCUGCCUAUGGGAAGGGCAAGGGCAACCGGCCCUGCGACACGGACUGCCUGGUGGGAUCAGCCUUCGUAGACCUCUCAGCGCUGGCCAGGCCGUCCACACAGAAGCAGACCAUCAGUGGUGUGUACCCCCUCUUCAGACGCUCUGCAGCCGACCUCAGCGGCGCCGCCAUCAGGGUCCACAUCACCAUGACGCCCGGCCCCGCGGUGGCAGAGUACGACAGCGAUCCUCAGGGGGUGCUGUCCCCCGCUGAGGAUGAGGAGGGGGAGCAGGAGGAAGAGUGGGAGGCUCUGGCGACGGUGGGCACCUCGCGGCAGUCACGCACAUACAGCCGUGCCGGCACAAAGACGGCCAUGAGCAGGGAGCCCCCGACGUCACCCGGCCCGGAGGCCAGAGAGGAGGACACCUUCCAAGUCACCAUCACAGUGGACCGCGCUAUGCACCUCAGCCUGAAGGGAUGCCCGCUCUCUGAGCGGAGCGGAGGGGUGCCAGGCUACUGCGUGUCCUACGCCACGGCCGGCCCUGCGGGCACCGUCUCCACUGACGUGGUGCAGAACAGCAGCUGCCCAGUGUGGGAUCACCAGCAGGAGUCUCUGCUUUCCAAACAGCUGCUGCUGGAUCCUCAGCAAUCUCUGGUGUUCAAAGUCUGGCAUAAAGGAGACGUGGAGCGCGUGAUCGGCUUUGCCACGGUGGACCUGUCUCCCCUGCUGUCGGGGUUCCAGGCAGUUUGCGGCUGGUAUAAUAUCACAGACUUCAGCGGGCAGUGCCAGGGCCAGCUCAAGGUGGCCAUCGCCCCGCUGAGGGGCGUGCAUGAGCUCCGGGGGCAGAGGCAGGCCCCGUCAGUAGAGGCCGCCAAAGACUCCAGCGCUGUGUUGAGCGGUCUCCCGCUGUGCUACCAGACGUCGGGCCUCUACAGCUCCUUCCCCAGCCACAUCAGCCGCCACACGGAGCAGCGCAUCAACGCCUCCCCUGAGCGCCUGGAGCGCCUCCGGCCUGAGAGCAGAUCCAGCCACCAGCACGAGGAGCACGUGGACAAUGUGCGUCUGUUCCACCAGAGCCUGCAGGAGGGGCAGCAGCGAGCGCCACAGCCUGGCACCUCCGCCGGAGACUCCGACCCCAGCCGCUCCGUCCUCUUCUCAGCACUCAGGAGGAACCUGAGCGAGCUGGACGACAUCCAGCGUUACUUCAGCAGUAAGCUCUCCACACCCACCUUCCCCACACUGAGCCAGCGGGAGGGGGGUAGCAGCGCCCCCCAGCAGCGCCAGGUGGAGCACUCGGACUCGGACGCAGACGCCCAGCACCUCCUGCUCAAGUCCAGCCGCCUGGUGGGGGAGGUGAACAGCAUCAUCAGCGGUCUGAGUGAAUCUCACACGCAUUUGUCAAACCUCUCUGGCCUGCCCCCACGCCCUGAGCGAGAAGCCCGUCCAUCUGUAGACCAGCAGGCUGGAUCCAGGGUGGCGCCUCCAUCUUCUGAAGCCCCAGACUCUCCCCCGUUCUCCCCGAGAGACUGUAGAACACCUGAGGGUGAUGACCCCUCGCUGACCUCGUACGACCCCACUGUGACGAGCAAACUUCUUGUACAAGCGGAGGAGCCUCAGAGUGACAACAGAAAUUCUCCCUCUCUUGAGGAGCUCCAAGGGUGCUUCUCUGAAGAAGAGAUAGAGGAGCAAAACAAGCCUGAGGAGGAAAAGGGAGAGGAGGAUGAAGAGGAGGAGGAGGAGGAGGAGGAGGACGACGACGAGGAGUUUGAGGAGACCCUGUUAGAGCCCCGUACCCUGAAUGAUGUCACUUCCUUGACGGACCGAACCAGCCCCUGGACGAGCCUGGCGUCCGACCCAGAUCUGUGUUCCCUGGAAGGGCUGGAGGAGCUGGAAGAGCGGCCAUCGAGGGGCCUAAGGAGGUCAAGUCUGGAGGAGGAGGAGAGGGGGCACAUAAGAGAGUCCUCACAGAUGGAGAGCCUCCUGGCGUACACGUCCAUUAAACCACACGGGCUUCAGGACUCAGACUCCGAAGCCUCAGAUGCAGGGGGUUCUGAUGCAGACGACACAUUGACUGAGACUAGAAGAACUCCAGAGAGACUAGAGCAGGAGGAAUGCAUGUCCCCAACUCAGCAUGGAGAUUUGUCAUCAGGCACUGAAGAGACGACUACUCCCAGGGGUCCUGGCUGCCCAGACGCGGAGGGGGAGACCUCAGUGAUGUCAGCCAGCAGUGAAUGCAGCACGAGCCCAAAACAAGAUUCUGCUGCUGACGUCGACCAACGGAAAGAAAAACUCUAUGAUGUGAUGGACAUUCCAAACUUCUUCCUUCCCACUCAGCAUCUAGAGGCUUCCAUGAGAGCCCUACGCCUGGCCCCCAUCUUCCCUCUGGCCACCUCAGAACCAGAGACAUCUCCCACUACUGGAGUUCCACAUCGCACUCGUCCGAAACCAAAGUUCACGCCCUCAGCAGCCAACAGAGAGGAGACCAAGAGAAUAGCAAAGAUAUUUGCAUCUCGUUUCAAGGAUGAACAUUAGCACUUUUACUUAAUUUUAAUGUGUGUGUGUGUGUUGUGUCUCUGUGUGUGUAUACGUGUAAGUGUAUUUUUGCCAAUAAUUUUAAGCAUUCCGUCAGAACUGUUGAUAUUGUGUGUGUGUAUGUGUGUUUUAUUGUGCAUAAUUUAUUUCUGUUUGUGGCUUUUUAUACGUUUGGGACUGUGAAUGGUGUUAGAGUGCAGUAUAUGUACAGUCAUUUUGUAUUAUGAAGAAGGUAAAGGCGUUAUGUGCUUUUAUAAAAAAUAAAGCUUUUUGAAGAUA